AUCUAUGUUUUCCCUUCUUAAUUCGAGAUAUAGGUUAGGCAGUUUGUAUAUUAUUCUUCAAAAUGCAUCAUAAGUGCAUGCUGUUGGUUUAACAUAAUUGAAAUAAAAUUAGGACGACAGAGGAUUAUUAAGAAUGAAAGUGGAACCGAUGGGCCAUUUGCCCUACUGUAAAGGUCUAUGGUCAGUAAUAUCAGGAACAACAUGCCGUUGUGACAAAGAUCUUGUUGAGGACGAAAUAAAAAAUGCCACUGAAUUGCUACAGAGUGGAUUAAGCUUUUUUAAGAAAUAUUCAGAGUCCUCUUUACAAAAUGUUUAUAAGACUGACCCUCCGCCUCGAAUGUAUGAUCUGUUAGGAAAACUUGCUCCUCUAUUGAAUUUGGAUGCUCAGAUAACAUGGGACUUGGUCUGCAAUUUUAUGCUCUAUGAGUAUCGAAAUUGUGCAGAGACAUUUGCCUCACAACUCGUUGAUAAUGCUGCUGUAAAAACAUUGAUAGAAGACAUUUGGAAUUUUUAUUACUCUGAAAGAAUCACGCUUAUCAAAUGUUUGAAACUCAUGGUGGAGUACCGUGACAAUGAGAGGCAUCCGUACCAAAAGCAGUUCAUCAAAUUCUUUGAUGAAGUUCUUCUUGGAAAUUUACUAAAAUCUGUUCAGAGUCAAAUCGAGGCAUUAAAGUUCAUAAAUCCACCUGUCAAGUCCCAAUUAUUUACUGACGAACAUUUGCAUCGGCUCUACAAUAAUAGUUUAAUAGAGAUGCGAGAAUUGCUGCAUAUAUUCACAAUUAUUCUCGAUGAUAUUCACGUGCCAGACAAUGAAUUCAACAAAUUAUAUGGAAGCAUCAGUGGUGAACCACGACGCCUCAUAACUACAAAAAGUUACGAGGAUAAGGAAGCAGUUGCAAAAAAAUUAGAAGAAAUACAAUACAGCCAAGUAGCAUUGCUACUGGUAGGAUUAGAUGUUACUAAACACAACAAUAUGGACGAAUGGGUAAAAGGAGUGCGAAGCAGUAUGCGCGACUUUUUCGAACAUAAAUGUGUCCGCGACAGUUCUCAACACGACGGACCAUUAUUACUUGCUUGGAUGCUAGCAAAUUACACGAUAGACCCAGACAGCCCAGACACAUUGAAUAAUUUCCGAGUAUUUGGCAUCCGCGCAAUACAGCUUGGAGUCUUCCAUUACCUUAAAAAGUUAAUGGAUAGCGAGAUGAUCAAGGAGGAUACUCACUAUGCUAUGGUAGUGAGAAAUUGCGUCUACAAUCUUUUAACAUCCCUUUGCAUCUUCUUCGAUGAGGACAGAAUCGGCACCCUGAACGGUGUAUUCGAUGCUGUCGCAUCGGUGCUCAGGUAUCCAGAAACUGCUGAAAGAUUCUGGAAAGAACAGGAACAAGAUGGUUUAUGGUCACUGUAUAAAUGUGCUGUUGAACUAUUUCCAUGUAAAUUCGAACCGCUGACAGUUCUCGCAACGGGACUAGCAGGGGCAUCUAAUUCUAGUGCAAAAAAAAUUUUAGCAGAACUAGAUGAUUUACCAUCAGUGACAUUGCAGUGUCCACGAUACCGUGAUCAUAACAAACCUAUAAAACCAUACGAGCGUGAAUGCACGAUACAUAGGAAUAAUUUCACUAUUCCUGCGAGGUGUGAUCACGAAACGAUCGAAUCAACGAGCGAGUGGGACAUUAUUAUUUGGCGUACGAAAGCUAAUUACUGGGACGUGUUUCAUCACAAGAUAGAACAACUCUUCUCUCAGGCGGGCACAGGCAUUGUAAACGUAAGUGAUGCGAAGAUGCAUUUGCCUGAGCACGUUUGGCAAGGAUUCAAAUUAUUGGAAACUCUUUUAAAGACUGACACUGAAAUAUCUCAGAGUAUGGUUAUUCCUACUGAACUGAGCUUCGAAGUCAUCAACAGAUUUUCUUAUCCGAUGCUUCCUAUAAAUAUUUAUAAAAUUGUCGCUGAAUGCAUCUGUAUAUCGUCCAAGCUCAUACUCAAGUAUCCAGAAGAUAUUUUAUCCCGGAUGCACACCGAAGUCUAUCCAAGAUUCAACAAUUGGAAUCAAGGAACCACCGAAUUCGCACAGGCUGUUUCAUUCGACGGUGGUCUAAUAGCAUCUUGGUUAUCUGGCAUUGAAACCAUCGAACAUUCAUAUCCUGUUCUAACUGCAUAUUUGGAUGUUCUCUCCAACUAUUUAAUCAUCAAGCACAACAGGGAAGCCAUGUACACUGUUGAGAUUCCAGGAAUGGUCUUUCUCUUGCAGGGAGUCCUACCAAAAAUGGAUUCUUGGUAUUUCACAUCCGAUUCCGAAAGAAUCAACUUGUGGCUUAAAAGUAUGUUCUGCCUUCAUUAUGCUUUGGAUUCGAAUUUUUCAAAGGACGACAUUCGAAAUAAAUUACAACUGAUAGUUGCGUAUAGUCUUCUAUACUUGGAGCCUAGACACGCUUUGCUGACACUAGUCCGGACUGGAGAACGCGCCUUGCAGAAUAAAAUGCUUACGGAAACGGAUUGGAUAAGUGGAAAAGGUUUUAAAAUAAUAAAGAGCGUUCAAUUGGCAUUAUCGAUAGUCAACAGAUUAUUGAUGUUCAGAAAAAGCCUGGGCUUAGGACUGGAAGAACGAUCGCCUUUAGAAAUUGCCUUAUACACAUCACCAUGCUUGCCAAACGGACUCCUGAUAGUUCCCACCAUAGUGAACUAUCUUUACGUCUGGUUCAGUCCCUCUUUGCAAGCAAUGGCUGUGCGACUAUUAAAGAAAUUCGCCGAAGGAUUCUCAAUGUCUUUAUUGGUUUGUAUGGGCAUGGAUGGGACUGCUAUACGGGAGACUUUCGCUUCAAGAUUAAUGUCGCCGACCUGCUCGGCUGAAGUCAAGGUGGCCAUAUUGGAAUUGGUUGCUGUGUGCCUUGAAAGACAACCGGGAUUGACCGAGGCUUUAUUUAAUAUAAUGCAUCAGGCUGAACGGAAGAGAAUCUUUCCACGUCCUGCUGACGAAUUUCUUACGCAGGGCUGCAGCCAGUUUUUGGAUCUAUACCUCAAGCGAAUUUUCAAUGAGGAGGACAUCAUUGAUGACAAACUGUAUAACAGUACUAUGGGCCUCUUCCAUGCUAUGUGGUACCAUCGUAAUGAAAUUUUAGUAAAUUACUUUCGCAAGAGAACUAAUUUCUGGACUCAUCUAACCGCCUCGCUAUUCCGGGAGCUGAUACCAAAUACUAGAGGAUAUUCGCAAUUGAUUGACAUUAUCACGCUGGAACUGUUUAAGGGUCCAUUGCCGGAAAGUGAUUUCUCUGCAAAUCUUAAAAAACUUGUUGAUAAGAAUCAGAAGUAUCUUGAGCGUCUGGCUAGAUAUGUACUAGAUGGAAUUCCAGAAGAAUGCCCACAAGAAUUACUGGACAAAUCAAUAGACCGAAGAAGAUCCGAACGUCCACUUUAUGAAGUUAAUUUAGAGUCCUGGUAUCAUUUUAUCGUAACACUUACCGACGAGAAAAUUUGCAAAAGUUUUCUUAUCCAUCUACCUCAAGCUCAACUGAUAACCAAUCUUGCACUGGAUAGUUUAUCAAAGCACAUAGACCAGCCGUGCAGUGGAAAAGUUUUGCUCCUCCUCGCAUCGCUGUCGUUAAGAUGCGUCUCAGCCUGGAAAUUGCACUGCAUCGGCGUUUCUCAAGAUUUCAAAACUAAAUUAGUGGAUUUGAUACAGAAGAUCGUUCAGUCUUAUCCAGAGUAUGGGAAACCGCUGAGACAGACACUGAUAUCAUUACUAGUAGCAUGCAUACAGUUGGUGCGUAGUACUCUUGCAGAAGAUGUUGCAGUGUUGGAGUAUCUUUUGGGAUAUUCUAGUGUCUUAGCUACGACUGAAUUAGGUGAACUUAAGGAAGCUGCGAAUGACCAAGAACGUGCUCAACGUGAAUUGGCUGAAAAGGGAAUGGAUAACAGUACAGCAGCUCUUCGGGCAGCAAGGGGUUGCAUUCCUGCUACCUUGGCGAUAAGUAUGGUCACCCAGCUGCUUCAGUUGCACGUGGAGCACUCGAAACACCGUAGAGCAUCCUGUAUGCAGUUGCGACAGAUGAUUCCGGAAUUAAUGUCCUGCGUGGGACUCACUCUACAACGACAUUGUUACUUCAAGUUUAGCAGAGCUGCCCUAACCGCUCUAGGAGUAGUGGCGAGGUCACCGUAUAAUUCUCAUUUGAUCAACGAGGAUUCCAUUGCUAAAUUGUGGCUGAACUUGAUCCCACCAGCAGAUCUUGGGAACAGCAUGCUGGAUUCUCUGUACGAUGAUUUCAAUGGUAGCCGCUGGCGAUGCCAAGACUGGUGGCCGCUGUACACCCUGGGACUUGAGUUUCUUACAGGGCUCGUUAUCAGCGAAGCCGGUACGUUUUACGCCUCGGCCAUAGUGAUGUUUCUGGGCUCUCACGAAUAUCAACUGAUGGAAGUAUCAACCUUAUUGAGACACACAACUGAUCCAUUGGCUGCUGAUUUGAUACAGAGCUUGGUAGCUCUCGCUUCUUCUUUGGCAGUACGUCCAGUUAUUUGGAAUUCAGUGCAGCCAAACGUACGGGAAACUCUUAUUAAAUGUAUGUACCUCGCGUACGAUAGUACCGUCAAUCUUCUAUUACGCCCCAGAAUCCUAAAAUUCAUAAUUGACGGCAUAAGUGUGGAGAGUCCCGAGGAGUUGCAAUCCUGCGAUGAAAGAUUACCCAGUGGUGAAUUAAAGCUUCUUGUGAAUAAGCUUAUAGUGAUUAACACAGCGUGUGCGCAAAGUUUUAUACGAUUUUGUCCGAAGCUGAACACCUUGAUCGAUACGAUAUACGUUGAAGAUCCUGAAUAUACACUAAUGGCGGAUAUAAAUUUCGGUCCACCCCAGAUGAGCAUGAGCUGCGGUCCUAGACUGACCUACGGCACGAUUAUCAGUUCAGCUCAACUAUUUACACAAGCUCUGCAUUCGCGCUCGACAGUAAUAUCCACGACGAGUUCCUCCAGUAAGGAUGACAAUCAGGAUUCUGCCAAGCGGGAGUGGGAACGCGCAGCUCUGGAGACUACUCAAAAAGUUCCCGCGGGAGAUAUGAAGAAGCUGCCAAAUCCAGUAGCAUUUCACAGAGCGAGACUGUCUGGUUACGUCACCGACCUCGACAUGGCCGCACCUUUUCUCAGUAAUCCCAGAUUAGUGAAAAGACCUUACGAUCCCCUCAUCUGCGAGAACACCAUCCUUUCUCGCGCCACGGCACUAGCUCCCAGCAGUAGAAAUAUUUCAAAGAGUGGUGGCAGUCCAGUUAGUCAUCAGACCUCAAAACCCAGUAAUCCUUGGUUCGCUUCGAUGGAAGAAAAUAAUACCAGGUUGGCGCUGGAGGUCAAUCUCAUGUUGCUACUCUGCCAGGCGCUUGAAGGUGUGAAGAACCUCAGAUUUGCAAUGCACGACAGGCAAUUGAUAGUGCGGGAAAUAACCACGGAGAUGGGAGUCUUCUUCGACUUCCUGGAGCAUCAGGGUACAUCAGACAAAUGGCAGGUGAAGGGAUCUUUAGUGGACCCUAGUGCUAAGAUCACGAAAACGGUACAGGCCAAGGACGACGAUCCUCCACUCCCUGCAAGACUUCGUGAAGACAGUACCGUAACAAAAGUUCCAGUUUGCCAAUUGAGUCAUGACGAUUUUUCUCAAAAUGGUAGUUCAAAAAUAGAACAGAGGCUCGACGAAGAUAUCAUCACUACAGGUGGUUUUAGUGUAGAUUUCAAUAACGUACAAUUUUUACCAUUGAUGAAUAAAUUGUUGAAGUCGGUGGAUGACUCACCGGAUGCGACGUAGUAUGUAUAACGAUAUCAAAUGUUGUGCUAUUAUUGUAGCGUCGAAGUAAUAUUUUCUCGAUUGUUUUUCGUAAACGAAGAGUCCGGAUGCUCUUUAAAGUGAUUAAUGAUAGUUUCUGAUAUAACCACGUGUUUUAACGUGGGAUUUCGAUGCGGCUUUAAAAUAUGGCAAAUCGUAAACUUGAGCGAUGUAAAAUUAUGGAAAUGAUAGGAAGAUUGUCAACAAUUCUUAAAUAUACAUUAUUUCGUUAAGACUUUCGUUUAAUCCAUUUAUCGGAGCUCUUACGAAGAUCAUAUCGAUCGAACAAUAAAAUGUGCAGUAAGUCUA